AUGGAUGCUGGUCCUCUUUUGGAAUCUUUAGACACUUUUUUUGGUGAAGGGGCAAACACUGAUGCGAUUGGAAAUUUUCUUUCUGAAGAACAAAGUGUCAUGCAAAUGCUUGACAACCCUCACGACUCUCGGGAAGCGUUAGAGUUGUACUCAUUAUUCAAGCGAUACUCCACACUUGUGGAUUCGAUGCUUCAUACUUUUACUGAGCGAGAGGCAGCCAAGGGCACCUCUGUAAGUUUGGAGCAACUUGCAGAUGCAGUAAUGCAGGAGUGGAAGCAAGAUCAAGACUAUGCCAGAUAUUUAUGUACAGCUUAUGUUGCCGGGGCUUUGGAUUUUGAUUCUUUUAAACAACUCGUACGAGAUGUAAAUGAAAUAACAACGUACCCUGUUGGAGAUGAGCUUUCAGAUGAUGAUAAUGAUGAUAAUGAAAGUGAGUCAACAUCAGAUGAUGACCAAGAACGUGAUGAUGCUUGA